UCUACUUUCUCUUAAUUGGUUUGGUCUUUGUGGGAAGAUUUCAACGCGACGCGCUCUUUCUUCCACUGAGAAAUGUCGAAGAACAGGAAGAAGAGAAGCAGCAAUAUGGAUCACAAAGGCUAUGCUUAAUACCAAGAAGAGAAAGGGAGAGGGGCCCAACAGAGAUGAAGCUCUGGAAGAAGGCCUCCGCUGCGCUGAAGGACAACAACAGCAUCUGUCUUGCAAAGUUGGCAAGAAAAACAAACUCCCGACAUGCAGAACUAGAAGAAGCCAUCAUCAAAGCUACCAGCCAUGAUGAGCACUCCGUCGAUUACAAGAAUGCGCAGAGAGUUUUCGCUUGGAUACGAACCUCUCCCGCAUUCGUCAAGCCUUUUCUCUGCUCUCUCACCAAGAGAAUGGAGAAAACUCGAAGCUGGGUCGUCGCUCUCAAGGGCCUAAUGCUCAUUCACGGCGUUUUCUGCUGCAGAAUUCCCACCGUGAAGUUCGGGAGAUUGCCGUUCGACCUCUCCGAUUUCAAAGAUGGUCACUCUAGUUCUGCCAAGACGUGGGGGUUCAAUGCUUUCAUCCGUGCCUACUUUGCAUUUCUUGACCAGCGGUCUGCCUCCCUUAAUGGUGAUGGUCAUCCACCCGUUUUGAGUGGAGGAGAAAGCAUGGAGAAAAGCCCAAAACUGAAGCAAGUGCUCUUGGAGUUACAGCAGUUGCAGACGUUGCUUGAUUUGCUCAUGCAGAUUAGGCCCCACACAGAUAGGAUGCGUGUUAUGCUGAUUCUUGAAGCCAUGGAUUGCAUCAUCUUGGAGAUCUUCGACGCUUAUAGCAGUAUCUGUAAUGGAAUUGCUGGUGUUCUGGCUGGGAUAUUUUCGGCAGGGAAGGUAGAGGCUGCAGUCGCACUACAGGUUUUGAAGAAAGCAGCUUCUCAGGCUGGAGAACUGUCUUCUUAUUUUGAAAUUUGCAGGGAUUUUGGUGUUUUGAAUACAUCAGAAAUCCCCAGAGUCCAGCACAUCCCAGAAGAAGAUAUUCGAGAUCUUGAGAGAAUGAUCAAUGGAGUUUCCCUGGAUAAGAAGGCUAUCACUGCAACUUCUGCUGCUGCUGCUGCUGCUGCAGGCGCUUUCCAUGGGGAUAAGGCGAUAGUGGUCAGAGAUUAUCAAAUGGUUGAACAACAGAAGGAUCCUCGGAAUUUCUUGCAGACGAUUAUAACCAGCGAUUGGGUGGUUUUUGAUGAUGAAUUCAAGCCCAGAGGAGAUGAACUCGACAUCUUCUGCGAUGUUGGAAAUACAUAUCGCGUAGAUCACAAUGUUGGAAAUACAGAUCUCGUAGAUCCUUUUGCAGCUUCUUUCAAUUUUCCUCUUUUAGAGGGUUAUACCGAUGUCUCUAUUACAUAUUCCAAAGACCUCAUACUGUAUUAGCCUUACAAGAAUUGGCACCAGAAAGCUUCAUCAAGUCUGAAGAAACAGAGAAAUUGGGUUCUCUUACUUCCAAGAAAAGGAAUUUUUUUUCUCCUUUUCUUAGGAAAUGCCUUGUGGGUUCUCCGUAUUUUGUAUGAUAGAGAGAGAGAGAUUCAGCUAUGGGAGGAUUGAAUGUCACAGUCUAUUAUAAAUCAUAUAUCAUAUCCCGUUUUAUAUUAUAAUUCCACAUAACAUGUUUUGAAUGUGCUAUGUGUUACAUG